AUGAUAAUGGACCUUCACUCGGCUGUCGGAAAAAUGUGCCACUUCCUGGGCAGAGACCUGGACGAAGCACGCAUUAACAAGGUCGUGGAAAAAUCCACCUUUAAGGCCAUGAAGAUGGAUCCAAAAGCCAAUUAUGAAUUCUUACCAGAUGACCACUUUGACAAAGCAAGAGGGACCAUUGGUGACUGGAAGAACACCUUCACAGUGGCCCAGAGUGAGAUGUUCGAUCAAGUCUUCCAUGACAGAAUGAAGGACCUGCCAUUGAACUUCAUUUGGGAGAUGAAUGAAAAAGCAUAGUGGGGUCAUUCUCCCAGAAAUGUAAAUUUCCUGUCCGAGGCAUACUUUGUUG